AUGCCCCAGUGGGCAGACCUGACCUAUAUCAGGGAGAUUAAUAUCUGCAUGAUGAAAGGGUUAUCAGCCACCGACAGUUUCAACACCGAGCCCACUUCCCCAUGGCGGAAGAGGAUCUGCAACGAAUCCCGUCUGCGGUGGGAGGUAGAGAUAUGUGGAGAGGAAUUCAAAAAGGACAUGGCUCUUAUAGAUCCACAGCACUGGUGCAACUUCACACACUUCAUCAGUGAGUACUACCUCUUCACCCUCUGCACAGAGAAUAAGUCCAACAUGGUCGACUGCUACUGGCCCAAUCCACUGGUGGAGAGCUACAUCAUCCGCAUACACAAGCACUUUUUCUCCAAUUGCACCAUGGAGCAGGUGGAGUGGGUGGACCCACCGGACGACACACUCGCCGUCCUCAUUCUGGUCCCGGUCUGCCUCACUUUGGCCAUGAUUGCGCUGGUGGUCUGGUGCAGCAAGAGGAGUGACCUCCUGGCUUAGGUCUCAGAGAUGAAAGAGAUUUCAAGGUCCUGAUCUCUUCCCGGAGUCAAUACUGUACACAACACAAGGAGUGGAGAGUUAACUGUGUGGGCCAAAUGACUCCUAAGUGGCACUGUAAACCCUGUCAGCCUCUUCUGGAUACGUCACACAAAAUUCUGGAAAUAUAAAAUACCUGUUUCAUGUCAUAUACAUAAUACAGUAAAUGUAGAGGAACAGCUAACAAUUCCUUAGCUCAGCACGACUGGCAACAAGAGGAAACAGUCGUCUUAAAAUGUUUGAAAAGUAAUAAUAAUGAUGAUAAUUUACCACAACCACUAAAUCUCCAAAUUAACACACACAAAUUCUUGUUUCAACAAAAACAAUGAAGGAUCCUGGAGCACAGCUAGCUGUAGCUGUUUCCUGAGACCACAAAUCUAACAUCCGAACCACAGUAUUGUUUGCUUGGAUUAAACAAACAAGUUCAUACGUGUUAAUUAGGGAGUUUUGAGUGGCCUAGUACAGCUGGAGAAGCUUCUUUCCUCUUGGCAGAGCAGCGUUUGCUACUUUACUGUGAUUUCAGUCUUUUCUGCAAAGCUAAUCAGCUGCCAGCUGCACUGAGGCUUCUUGCACAGGGACUCAUGUAGCUCUGGAAAAUAAAUUAAAUGUUAUUUCCAAAAAAAGUUGAGCUGUUCCUUUGCGGCACUGGGGAUGUUGUUUGAUAUGCCGUCGCUCACUGGGGUGAUUUGACCCGCGGGACAUUUCUGGGAUGUAUCCUGGGAGCUCUUGGAUCCAGACUUCUGGCCUUGGAGAUUCUUGUCAGAACACUGUAUCACUGCUGAAGGCCAAAGUACUCACCAGUCAGUGACUGACCUCUAAACUGGUGGGAAAAAUAGACUCACUGAGGAAGCUGUUUUGAAAUGUUUAAUCAUCACACUGUAAGAUUGUCUGUGAGGAAGCCAAAUUUGGACUUUGUGCUAUUUCUAGGAAUAUGAUGUUUGUACUAACUGGGUUACCGAAUAGAUACUCACCACUGGAAUGGAUACAUUGCCCAAAGACAAGGCAAUAUUAAGUUUAUGCAUCAUGGGACUUUAAUUUAAUUCGUGACUGCCUGAGCCCCAAAGGAAUGUUUUGUAGGAAACUAUUGGAUAUUAUUGUAAAAAAUACUGUUAAUAUUGACAAAGAGGCAAACAUUUGGAACUGACACUGAAACCUCAUAAUGUACAGUGAUGCUCUCUGUCUGUGCUGUCUACUGUAUCUGUUUUGCCUCACUAGUGCUGUCAAACCAGUAAGGAACACGCAUCAAUGCUUUGAACGCAAUUUCUUAAGAGAGAAUUUUUAUUUAAUGUACACUUAAUCUGUUGUCCAUCUGUCUGGCAGACUAAACCAAAUGCUACUUUUUAUUUUUUCCAUCUCAUGACUUGCUGUUUUUAAGCUUACACCUACACAUUGUUUCAAAUGACCGGUAUUUAAAAAUGGGAGUUUCUAAUUGAGAUAUAUAAAGUUAGAUAUCUUUGCCCUGGAAGAACUUUUCAGGGACCUAAAUUAGUUUUGUGUCAUGUAUUUCAUUGUGGACAAAGUCGAGAAAAACAGCUAUUUAAGAAAGACUCCUCAUGUACAUGUGGAAAUUCAAUUAUUAAAAUUGUUCAAUGGAACGCAGCAAAUGUACUUUUGUAAAACGUUAAGUCGCUCGCCUAUUUAUUAUAUGAACAAGAGUCAGACACGUCAGUAUUCUUGUAGUGUGGUGUUUAACAUAGCCUUAUUUCGACAAUGUGCACAAAUGGGUGCAUUUGUUGUCUGCCAUUUUGUUAUCCAGACAGCAAACUUUUAGUCACUUAACAUAUGAAAUUGAGUAUUUAUUGACCUCUAUAAAACCAAGCCUGCAUGACAUGACUUAGACUGUAAGGUUCCAUACGGUGAAGACUACAGCAAUGUGGUGGGGAUACUGUUGAAAAUACUAUUUUUGUAUUACUGUUAAUCCCACUGUUCUUCAGCUUUUGUUGUGCCUUUUGCUGUGUUUUUUUUACUUCUGAGGAGUGAAAGAAAAAAAAUGAUGAUAAUUUUUUCUUUUUUUAAAUUCAAACUGCAUUACUUUUGAGAGAUGGGCCAAACAUUCUCGUGAAACAGAUAUGACUGCUUGGACUGGAUAAUGCCAUCUGUUUGUGCCAAUUUAUCUGAUUUAGCACCUGACUGUUUUUCUUAAGAACAACUGCACAAUUAUUUUCGUAAUAGUUAGACUUUGAAGAGGUGGUGGAACAAUUUGCCACUCUAAUCUUAAAGGUCUCCGCUCAGAUUAUUUUAAUUUCUUCACAAAAAGUUUUCUAAAGGUUACCAUGACUGAGUUCUAUAUUUAUGAUAAUAACGAUGGAAUUAAAAGUUUGAAAAUGCGACUCCCGCUUUUUGGACCAAACUUCUUGUUCCAAAAAGGUAUUUUGAAAAUUGUACAGGCACAUAUUUCUUAAUUUUGAAUCAUCUUAAAGCAAUCGACGGGAGGUUCACUCACAGCUUGUGUAAAGUCUGCUGUAAAGAUGUCCAAAAGCUAUUUCAUUGGUUUCACUGACCAUGCAUAUUAAAAUGAAUACUGACCUGGUCACCUUUAAAGAAAUUUUUUUGUCUGUCAUCUGAGACGUGUAUAAAUAUGUGCGAGUGUGCGUGUGUGACUGAAUGUUCAUGACUGCCAACAUGAAAUGUGAUCUGUAAUCACAACUGCUUUCAGAUGCUGAAGCGGUUUGUUAAUUUGAGGAAACAUAUCGUAAAUGAACAACGUCUCAA